UUGGAGGCGGUACAGACAAAAGUCAUCCCGUUCGGAUUCAUCGCCAUACGAUGACAACAAAUCAACAUGAAAAUUAAGGGACUGAUUUGAAAGUUAAGGAAAGUAAAGGGGUACUAAAACCAAAAUAUUCAGACAAAAUAAGAACCAGGGGUUUAGGGUUUUGUAUCCUCUGUAUCUCCCUCUCUCCCUGUCUCUGUUUUUAUUGACAAGUGAAACUGAAUAUUGCAAAACAAUGCCGCGAACUACGACACUAGAGUGCCCAGGUUGCCCUCCACUUCGAGCUCUAACUUUUGAUUCUCUAGGUCUUAUCAAAGUGAUUGAGUCUCGUGGUGAAAGAGGAACACCUCAGGUUGUAGAGAGAUGGGGUGAUCCUGUUUCCUCCAAAUGCGUGCUUGCUGCUUCCUUUGAUGACCGUAAAAAAGACCCUUUAUUGGCUGUUGCAAGAAAAAAUAGAGAGGUUGAAGUAGUCAACCCGCUUAAUGGGGAAAUUCAUGUCAUGUUAUCUAAUGUUGGUGAGGAUGGUGUUCAACCAGAAGAUGAUGCUAUUUCUGGUUUGCAUUUAUUCAGGAGAGAGAGGUCAUCUGGGUCAUGUACUUUGCUUACAUGUACAUCAAAAGGAAAUGCAAGCGUGAGGUCUAUUGGGGUUGAUAAAUCGACUGCUGAUAGUGCCAGUAUUAGUGUAACAAAGACAUGGAAAGUUUGUGGUUCUGGUAAUGUCUUAUGUUCUAAAGUGGAUGGAAGUGAAAACUAUGCGGUGUUUGGAGGGAAAGGUGUUGAUGUUAAUCUAUGGGACCUUGAGAAUUCUACUAAAAUUUGGACUGCCAAACCUCCUCCUAAAAAUAGCCUUGGGAUAUUUACCCCUGCUUGGUUUACAUGCACGACAUUCCUGAGUAAUGAUGAUCACCAUAAAUUUGUGGCUGGCACCAAUAGUCAUCAGGUCCAUUUGUAUGAUAUUUCUGCUCAGCGCAGACCUGUUCUAUCAUUUGAUUUCAGAGAGACUGCUAUUAAGGCCGUUACUGAAGAUCAAGAUGGCCAUACUAUAUAUAUAGGAAAUGGAUCUGGUGACCUUGCUUCAUUCGACAUGCGAACUGGAAAGCUGUUAGGAUGUUUUAUAGGGAAGUGUUCUGGAAGUAUUAGAUCCAUUGCCAGGCACCCAGAGCUCCCUGUGAUAGCAUCAUGCGGUUUGGAUAGCUAUUUGCGGCUGUGGGAUAUAAAGACUCGUCAACUCCUUUCAGCGGUUUUCUUGAAGCAGCACCUUACAAAUGUUGUUUUUGAUUCAAACUUUGUUGACAAAGGUUGGUUUUCCCUUUCUUUGCACAGCUUCGGGUAGUAUUUUUUAUGCCACCCCAUAGUACUUGAAUAUCAAGACCCUCGGUAAACUUGAGUGUUUGGACAAAAACUAGUCUGGAUGGUAACUGUGAUAAGCGAUAAAUUAUUGGCCCAAAAUAACUAAAUGUGUUGAUGGCUUUCAUUUUCUUCCAGCAGUUUUAGGUUUUCACGUAUGGUGCUGGUCGAAAUUCUUUAUGAAUCCAAUGGAUGAGUGCGAUGCUUAAAAAAAAAACAAGAGAGCCUAUGUUGCUUGUUCAGUGGCUUCAAUUUAAUGAUUUCUAAUAAUUGAUGUUGCUCUGCAAAAGAAUGAAGGUAAUAAUUGUCAAGGCUUUCUUGGGAAUGCCAUUAAGAUGAGCUUCUUGAUUCUCGAGAGAGUCUCUAGGAAUAUGAUAAGCUUUUUCACGGUGGUCAUUUGGGACCCUUGGUGCUAAGAGAUCACAGUUCUCCCUUGGAGACGACGGAUGGAUACUUGAAACGAGUAUGCCGUAUAAACUAGAUUGAUCCCAACAUCAGGCUAGAGCUUUGUCUUUCUAAUAGUGCUAUGAUAUGUUUUUCUUUAUUGCUAAAUGCUAACAUCAGGUAAAGGUUAGAGCUUUGUCUGCAUCAAUGAUUUUUCUUGUGUAGAUUUUCUACUGAUUAUCGCCG